AUGAUGCUAAUGAAUGGAAUACAUCGAACUAUUUAUCCAAAUAUAUUUAAAACAAUAAGAAAUUUCUUCUUUCGAGUACUAAUUAGUGGCUAUUUUGAUUCGACAUUUGAAUUGAAAACAUUUACAGAGGGAGCAAAACAAGCUGUAACCGUUGUUUCACACUACAUUAGUCAAGGUCGAUUUGAUGAUUUAAAUGGACUUGUAGUUAAGGAUGCAAUUAAUGAAAUUCGUCAAAAUUUUCAGUCUUUACCAGCAGCUCACAAACAAAAAAUUCCAGUUCUAUUCGAUGAAAUUAUUUUCUCAUUUCCCUAUGAGAUUGGAAUAAUUAUAGAAGAUAAAUCAGGUAAAGAAAAACAUGUUGAACAACACAUGAACAUGGACUUGAGCACUCUAUUGAAUUUUUCAAAAACAUCGCAUAGUAUUCGUGAUAGUAUUGUUAUUUGUAAUUAUCGAUUUGUGAGAGAAAUGACCAAAGGUGUCUCGGAUGGAUGGACAAUAAAUGCUCUUAAUCAUUGGCUCCCGAAUGAAUAUCUUUAA